UUUAUCCCCAAACUCCCAUGGUAUCCUUGUUUCUUCUCUACCCAUCUCUCAUUUCACUCUCUCUCUCUCUCUCUCUUAACACACACAUCCAAAAACUCUCUCUUCUCUACCAAAAAAUUUCCCUUUUUCCAUUAAUAAACUUCUCCUUAACCCUUUGUGCUAACCAGAAAUUUUUUGAAGAAAAUGGGUUCAUCAAAGUCAGAUCUGAGUCGGUCAACGAUGAUGAUCUAUCCAGAACCCAUUGACCAUUUCGACAACUUACCUGAUCCACUUCUCCUCUUAGUUUUCAACAAGAUCGGUGAUGUUAAAACACUUGGUAGAUGCUGUUCUGUUUGUACUAGGUUCCAUUCACUUGUCCCUCAAGUUGACAACGUUGUUGUCCGUGUUGAUUGUGUCAUUUCUGAUGACAACAACAACAAUAAUAACAACAACAAUGAACAUUUUAAUGGAUCCGGGUCUUCUUCUACCUGGUCGGGUCAUAAAUCAUCACUUCACCCGAUUUCGACUUUUUUUCGACUACUUAUUAAACCCUUUUUGUCACUUACUCAACUGAUUUCCAUUUCAAGAAAUCGAUGUAAUAAUGCUUCUUCAAUUCUUGAUGAUGAUGAUGGUUUUGAUCAGUUUGAGAAGAAUUCAGUUACCCAUCAUUCACCUACCCAAGUUUUGAAGAAUUUUGAUGAGAUUAAGGAGCUUAAGAUUGAAUUGCCUAGUGGUGAAUUGGGUAUUGAUGAGGGUGGUUUGCUUAAAUGGAGAGCUGAUUUUGGUUCCACUCUUGAUAAUUGUGUUAUUCUUGGGGCAUCGUCGGUGAUGAAUAAUAGCACUAAUCUAGUCGAUGUACAGUGUGGUAAUGAUGGUAACGGGGUUAAUGAUAACGACAACAACGACAUAUCCAGUGUAAUCGCACAAGUGGGGUCUGGGGAAAGUAACAUUAAUGGAGAAAUGGUGGAUAAUGGGAGUAUACCCGAGUCGUUUUACACGAAUGGGGGUUUGAAAUUGCGUGUUGUGUGGACGAUUAGUUCGUUAAUAGCGGCUUCUGCUAGGCAUUAUUUGUUGCAGCCGAUUAUAUUGGAGCACAAGAAGCUUGAGAGUUUGGUUUUGACUGAUGUUGAUGGGCAAGGAGUGUUGUGUAUGAAUAAGGAACAGUUAGAGGAGUUGAGAGUGAAGCCUCUUUCGGCUUCAUCAGCUUCGAAAAGGACUAUGGUGCCAGCAUUGAAUAUGAGGUUAUGGUAUGCAGCACAUUUGGAAUUGCCUGAUGGGACGGUGCUUAAAGGGGCGACGUUGGUAGCGAUAAGGCCUAGUGAACAACAGGGUAAUAAGAAAGAGGUGGUUGGAGGAGAUGGGAAUUGGGUGGGGGAAGCAUUUGAGGAGCCGUAUGGGACGGCUGCGAGGAUGUUGGUUAAGAGGAGGACUUACUGUUUGGAGAUGAACUCGUUUUGAAUAUAGGCUUGAACUGGUCUGAGAGUUUCUUGGAUUGAUGACUGAGGGAAAAUUACAUUUCUAUGAAAGGUGGAUGAACAAAUGCUGAAAAGGGGCGGAAAAGACAAAUUUUGUUUUGAGCUAGCUCACCCUGAGUUGAAGCCAGUUGCUUUUAGAGAUGAAAUGCCAGCUGCUGGCUAACUAUGAGCUUUAAAUCACCCCGUGUUAUGCACGAUGAUAGGCAUCUGCUUAUGUUUUAGUUUGGGGCAUAUGCUUCUAAGAAUGCACAAAGUGCUUCCUGUUCAUGUAACAGGAGCUUUGUGCCGUGAAAUUUAUAGCAAUACACAUUUGAUAGUUACUUCUUUCUGUAAAUAUUGUGGUUAUGGAUAUCAUAUGCCAUGUCAUGUACUUUUAAGGUUUCAUUGCGCAAUGAAAUGUACGUUUUGCUACA